UCUAACUGAUUUAACGAAAGCCGCUUUCUCAAAGUUUUGACGAAACCCGCCUUCUAAUUGAUUUGACGAAACCAAGGACGAACCCGCCUUCUCACAGCCUUGACGAAAACCGCUUUCUCAUUUAUUUGACGAAAAUGGCCUUGGCGAAACCGCCUUCUGAAAAUAUUGACGAAACCGCCAUCUCAUUGAUUUGACAAAAACCGUCUUCUCACAGUUUUACGAAAACCGCCUUCUAAUUGGUUUGACGAAAGUCGCCUUGGCGAAAUCGCCUUCUGAAAAUAUUGACGAAACCGCCUGUUGCCGACUCUGGCAGCACGGAAAUUUCGAAUACUGAAUCGACCUUCGAUACCCCCCGAUCGGACUCUAUGCGUACAAAUUGACAGCGACAAGGCGUAAGACCCGAAGCGUAACGAAUGUCAGGAUGACGGAUAGAAUAGGUAGAUGUGAUGUGAACUUGCAAGUCAUGUAUGAAGCAGUAGUCGUUUUGAUCCAAAUUUAUUACUUUGAGUUAAAGUUGAAUUCGUAGAUUAUAUUUAGUUAAUUUAACGAGAUUGCUCAGUUUGUUGCACUGUUACCGCGAUCUGAUUGUUUCGGAUAUUGCUAGGAUUGUGUCUGCGUGUGAUCUCUAAAUUUUCUUUGUAAGUUUAUGAGCAUUUAUUGGGGUCCAAAAUUAAGAAUAAUGAAUUAUUAUUCUAUAUAGGCACACAUUUAGUCCUGUGGACGAUAAAUUGGAUUAUUAGAUUGUUGGGAUAGAGCUAACUGAGGAUACCACUUUAUAAGUAAUUAUGCAUUUCUUAUACUCAGGCCAUUUUUACAUAAUAAAUCUUACUCCCAGCUUAAGAACUCGGCACCACAACAUCAACCGUGCGAUUCUAAUAGAAGGUCCGAAAUUCUUCACAACAAAGCUUAAGAAAGUGCUUCGAAUAGUGAAGGUAAGGAUGCCUGAAACGGAUCGGUUCGACUGCAAGCUCUGCCAGAGGUCGAAUAACGUGGACGACAUGGUCUUCUGCGCAGUGUGCCAAGAAUGGUAUCACUACCAAUGCGUGGGAGUGACGUCAGCGAUAGCUAACGAAAGCUGGAUGUGCGCACGGUGUGCGGCUUUGCCGUCAUCGACUCGGAUCGGCGAGCUGUCUGGCGAGUGAUCUUGUAUUCCCAGCUACUAACGUCAACGUUUCCUCCACUAUGACUACCGAUCCACCGUUAGCCGCAGCACCGAACUCCUCAGUUGUAACGAUCGCAACCAAUUCUGGGUGUACGCUAGCUGGAACAGCCGCAUUUUCAACGACAUCGUCGACUGUGCCUCCUGGAUUGGUGCCGCCCGCUGUGGCUGGGCCCUCCAGUCGGGUUCCGGCAACGAUGAUUUCAACUACUACGACUAAUUACGGCCAACCUUUGCUGACAGAGCAGGCAAGAGCGAGUCUGCAAUGGGUGCAGGAACAUCGAGCAUUCCUCGAGCAGCAGUUGGAAGAGAGCCACAAGAAGGAACUGGAGAGGAAGAAGGCAAUGCUCAGUCAACUAGCGAAUAAUGCCCUGCAAGGUGUCAUCAGUGGGGCGGCAUCGAACAGCUUCAAUGAACAGUCCGCCGCGGUCGGGGUCGGCAAUGUCGGAGGCUGGCUGGGACGGAUGAUCGACGAGAUGGACAAUCUGUCAAUCACACCAGUGAGCACGGGGCCACAGGUGACAACACCGGUCACACCCGUAUUCCACAACAGCUCCACACCAACGACGGCGGGUUCUGCAAAUCAGUAUGUAUUCGAUCCGUCUUUCUCAUCCCUGAUGUUUGGGGUCCCUAGUACCAUGUCGAGAGUUUCCAUAGGCCCGGUUUCUGCAGGUCAGUGUUCUACAACGCCAUCUAUUCCUUUGUACGGAUAUUCGCCACCUGGGGGGGAUCACUCUCGACAAAUCAGUGUGUUUCCUAUUAGCACUCAGGUUUCCUCGAUGGAUUUGAGGAAUGCGAACAUGACAAACGUGGUAACGGCCUGUCCGACGAUUCCAACAGUAUCGAUUCCGCAGCCAUCGGUUUAUGGGGGGUUUUCAGUGAACGCAAGUGCACCUAGAUUGAACCAAAAUCCCAUUGUAUCGCAAGCUCCCGUGGGUGGGUAUUAUCCAGCGAGUUCAGCUCUUCCGUCAAGCUUCCCGUGCCCGGUGGGUCCAACGCAGCAACAACUGUUGGCGAGGCAAGUCAUGCCGAGAGAUCUUCCGCCGUUUCGAGGGGAUCCUGAGGAUUGGCCGCUGUUUUUCAGUGCGUACACCAAUUCGACGGCCGCCUGUGGGUAUUCCAAUGUGGAAAAUUUAGCUCGGCUACAACGUGCGCUACAGGGCAAAGCGUUCGAGGCGGUGAAGAGCCGCUUACUCCUUCCGGCGUGUGUCCCUCAUGUCAUGUCCACGUUGUACAUGCUGUACGGUAGACCGGAGCUAAUAAUCCAGACAUUGCUGGACAAAGUUCGUGAGACUCCAGCACCAAGAGCAGACAGGUUGGAAACGUUAAUCAUUUUCGGCAUGGCGGUUCAAAACCUGUGCGACCACAUCGAGGGAACUGGGCAAAUGGCACACAUGUGUAACCCAGUUUUACUGCGAGAAUUGGUGGACAAAAUUCCCGCGCAGCUACGUUUGAACUGGGCGCUCUACAAACAGCAGCUAGCAACGGCCGAUCUACGUACGUUUGCUGGGUUCAUGUCCAUGCUAGUGGCAGCCGCCUCGGACGUCACAGUUACUAUGGAUUCCAAGCAAGCUCGAUCGGGACGAGGAGAGCGUGGCAGAGACAAGAAUUUCCUCAACGCUCACGCGGCCAGUGAACCAACCACAAAGCAACAUUGUCAAGAAAAGGAACCGAGGAAGUCGGAGGUCAAAGAGGUGCUGUGCCUGGCGUGCGACGGUCGUAACCACAAGGUGAAAGAUUGUGCAACAUUCAAAAGGUGGGAUGUGAACAGCCGCUGGAAGACCAUUCAAGAUCAUUCCCUUUGUCGUACGUGUCUAGAGAAACACGGACGGCGUCCUUGCAAGAUACAAACUGUUUGCGGUGUAGAAGGUUGUCAGCAGCGGCACCAUCAGCUGCUACACUCCAGCGCUCAGAAGCAACGUCCAUCGGGCAAGGAAGGUCAGAACACGAUAAAGCAGAGCGAUAAUUCUGGCGGAGGGCUGAAUGCACACCGUGCCACUAAGAAGUCUACACUGUUUCGGAUCGUUCCCGUUAAGCUGUCGUGGAAAGGGAAGUCGGUACAAACUUUUGCGUUUUUGGACGAUGGAUCGGACAUGAUUCUGGUCGAACAAUCGAUUGCAGAACGAUUAGGCAUUGAUGACGGCGAACCAAUUCCCCUUUGCCUAACUUGGACAAGCAACGUGACUCGACAGGAACCGAAGUCCCAACGUAUUCGUCUGGAGAUAUCCGGAGAAGGCAAGAACGAACUAUUUGCGCUGCAUGAUGCAAGAACGGUGUCUAGCCUCAAUCUUCCGAAACAAACGCUGAACUAUGGAGAUUUGGCCCGGAAAUACACGUACCUUCGGGGUCUCCCGGUCACCAGCUAUGAGGCAGCCGUGCCUGGCAUCUUGAUCGGUUCAAACAACGCCAGCUUGACUGCAACGCUGAGUUUGCGCGAGGGUCAACUAGGCGACCCCCUUGCCAGCAAGACUCGGCUCGGCUGGUCGGUCUAUGGUUACACUGCUGAAGGAGAGAAGGCAACCAACUUCACGCUGCACGUGUGCGAGUGCCGACAAGAAUACCAGGUGGAUCAAGAUCUUCACAAUCUCGUCCAGCAGCAUUUCACUGUCGAAAGCGUCGGUGUUUCGGCCGACAAGGGGCCAGAAUCAGAGGAGGACAAGCGUGCCCGACGGAUUCUAGAGGAGACAACAAAACGCGUUUCAAAUAGGUUUGAGACUGGUCUUUUGUGGCGUUAUGACCAUGUGGAGUUUCCAGUUUUCCCAUGGCAAUGA